CGAACGCCCGGGAGAAGUUGCCCCUCCCGCGAGUCUUGUCUCUUGGCCGCAUCAGCGAUUACCCGUGCCUGGAAGUCAAGUGCACAUUUACCCUUCUGCCUGGAGCGACUUCACCGACUCCUGCAAUGUGUCAUAGAGAAGUUCCUUAAGAAACAUCAACGGCGCUUCAUAUCCUCUAAUCCGUUCCCGGUCUUCCUGAACUAGCUCCCCGCGGUCCGUCAUGCCAUCCAUCCUCAGUGACGCCGACAAAGAAACCGUCAAGAGGACUGUCCCCAAACCUGCGAAUAAGAUCCACGCUGUAGCUGUCGCACGACUAUAUGUCGCUUAUCCAGAUCGUCAAAAAUGGACAUUCACAGGUCUCCAGGGUGCUGUCGUCCUGGCCAAUGAUUUAGUCGGGCGGACCUUUUGGUUGAAGCUGGUGGAUGUAUCGCCCGCUGGAAGAGGUGUUAUCUGGGAUCAGGAAAUCUACGACAAUUUCCCCUACAACCAAGACCGAACGUUCUUUCACACUUUUGAGUUGGAAGAAUGUGCGGCUGGUCUAUCCUUUGCUGAUGAGAAGGAAGCUAAAACGUUCAUCAAGAAAAUACAAGAGCGGGAGAAAAAUGCGAGCAAAGAAACCCGGCAGACACCUUUUGCAUCCACGCGUGGCCAAGGCCCUGCUCCGAUGACGAAUGGCAAACAUGGAGUCGGACGAUCGAUUUUCGGUAGCCUGCUAGGCCAUCGGUCAACAUCAGGGUCAAGUGCGCCUCCACCAGUCGCACCUGCAGAGCUUCCUGCUGCGCCUUCAAUCCAAGUUGCUCCACCUCCACCAAGCAGUCCCCCGCGCAAACAGUUACCCUUCGAUACUAGUGAUCCUUCAUGGAAAGGUCUUCUAGACGAACUCUUGCAGAUGGGAAUUACAGAAGAUCAGAUCGCGGAUAAUUCGGACUUUAUCAAGGCAUACAUUGAGCAAAAACAAAGCAACGCUACCGAUACUGCACCGUCUUCAGUUGAGGACAAAAGGGGCAAAGCUCCACCUCCCCCUCCUCCAUCAGCGCCUCCUGCUCCUAAGCCGAGCACUAUCAGCCCGCAACACACCGGUAACAGUACUGGUAGUGGUGGUCGACGAGGUGCUCCACCACCACCUCCGCCAUCACGGAGGACUCGUCCUGAAGCAGAGGAAGAUUCGCCUGCGCCCAAUCGCGAGCCAUCUCCUCCCAGAAUGAGAUUCCGAGCGCCGCCUCCAAUUGCAGAUGCUGGCAAAUUUGCGCACAGUAAUGGCCCUCCUCUUCCUGGUCGACAAAGAGCACUGUCAGGCGCGAACUCCGGGCCUCCUCCCCCGCCACGGCCUCCGAAGACCCCUAUGGAUGACAGCCAGCCUCGGUUUGGGGUGCCUCCGCCUUUCCAAGGGGAGCGAAAGGUGUCCGCUCCUCCAGCACCACCCAGCCGUAGUCCCGCACCUCCAGGGCCACCACCACGACCACCUCCCCGCACGUCAAGCCCUGCAUUGCCGCCGCAGCUUCCUCCCAAGGUUCCGCAUACGUCGGCCUCGAUACCUCCUCCCCCGCCCCCGAGAAGUCCAGCGAGCCAACCCCCUCCACCACCUGUGCCAGCUGCUUCACGGCCUACACCUCCUCCGCCUGCGUCUAAUGCUAUGCCCCCUCCCCCACCGCCGCCUUCGUCAAGCGUUCCUCCACCUCCGCCGCCACCACCACCACCACCACCACCACACCCAUCACCAAGCCCAAGCCCUUCUGCUCCCCCUCCCCCUCCCUCCUCGAGCGGACCCCCACCACCGCCACCACCACCUCCAUCAAGCAGAGGUCCUUCGGCUCCUCCUCCGCCACCACCACCGCCUUCUUCCAGUAUCCCUCCUCCGCCCCCUCCUUCAAGCAGAGGGCCCCCGGCCCCUCCUCCUCCGCCCCCAGCAGCCGGAAGUGGAGCACUGCCUCCACCGCCUCCACCGCCAGGAGCCGGUGCUCCCCCUCCACCUCCCCCUCCAGGCGGAGCAGCUCCACCUUUGCCUACACCUGCUGGUGGAAGGGACGACCUUUUGGCUGCUAUUAGGGCAUCCGGAGGCAAAGGAGGUGCAGGCUUGCGGAAGGUCAAAGAUAGCGAGAAGAAGGAUCGUAGCGAGGCGGCGGUCCCUGGGUCCGCUAAUGAGUCAUCCACGGCUUCAGCGGGUGGCGGAGCCGCCCAAGGCGGUAUGGCAGGCGCUCUUCAGGCCGCUCUUGAUAAGAGAAAGCAGAAAGUUAGCGGUAGCGGUAAGUUGGCUGUUUCCUGCCGAUUGAUCGAUAGCGCAUACUAAUCCACCUCACAGAUGACGAAAAGGAUGAUGACGACGAUUGGUAAAUUAGGAGUCUACUUCUCAUUCUUGCUUCAAGUGUUGCUGUGGGUUAGACCGGUCUAGUUUCGUUUGAUACCUACAUAUUGUAGCGUUGUUCGUCUUUCGAUAUCCAGCAUUGUUCUUCGGCUCAGCAGGUAUCGGUUGGAUUGAUUUCCCGUCAAGGUUCCUCCAGGUAGCAAAAGCUAAAAUCUAC